AUGGCCAGCAGGCAAGCAGGCAGCAUGUACUCAGCAAACAUUCAACUUGCUUCGGAUGUCAGAUUGUCAAUCAUGAAAUUUUAUUGCGUUUUGUUGCCAUUGGAAAAUUUAAAACAAAGUCAAAAAAAUUUAGAGAACGAAGGACAAAGCGUUGCAGUGGAAGCGUUGAAAUGUGAACAGCAGGUUGAAACUGCUGCAACACACCAAGCCGUUCUAUGCCUUGUUGAUAUUGCACAACUACAUUACACAACUACAUUACACAACUACAUUACACAACUACAUUACACAACUACAUUACACAACUACAUUACACAACUACAUUACACAACUACAUUGCACAACUACAUUACACAACUACAUUACACAACUACAUUGCACAACUACAUUACACAACUACAUUGCACAACUACAUUACACAUCUACGUUACACAACUACAUUGCACAACUACAUUGCACAACUACAUUGCACAACUACAUUACACAACUACAUUGACGUGCGGUAACGUGCUAGAUGCCUUGUUGAUAUUGCACAACUACAUUACACAACUACAUUACACAACUACAUUACACAACUACAUUACACAACUACAUUGCACAACUACAUUGCACAACUACAUUACACAACUACAUUGA